UGGACCAACUACAUUCAUGGGUGGCAGGAUCGAUGGGUAGUUCUGAAGAGCAACACGCUCAGUUAUUACAAGUCAGAAGAUGAAACAGAGUAUGGCUGCAGAGGCUCUAUCUGCCUGAGCAAGGCUGUGAUUACACCCCAUGACUUCGAUGAAUGCAGAUUUGAUAUUAGUGUGAAUGAUAGUGUUUGGUACCUCCGAGCUCAGGACCCAGACCACAGACAGCAGUGGGUAGAUGCGAUAGAGCAACACAAGACUGAGUCUGGCUAUGGAUCAGAGUCAAGUUUACGACGACAUGGAUCCAUAGUCUCUCUUGUUUCUGGAGCAAGUGGAUACUCUGCAACAUCUACCUCUUCAUUCAAGAAGGGUCAUAGCUUACGUGAGAAGCUUGCAGAAAUGGAAACCUUCAGAGACAUCUUGUGUAGACAAGUUGAUACUUUACAGAAAUAUUUUGAUGCUUGUGCGGAUGCAGUUUCCAAAGACGAACUCCAGAGGGAUAAAGUGGUAGAAGAUGAUGAUGACUUCCCUACAAUGCGUUCUGAUGGGGAUUUUUUACAUAACAGUAACAGCAAUAAGGAAAAAUUGUUUCCACAUGUGACACCCAAAGGAAUUAAUGGCAUAGACUUUAAAGGAGAAGCUAUAACUUUCAAGGCAACUACUGCUGGAAUCCUUGCUACGCUCUCCCAUUGUAUUGAACUCGUGGUAAAGCGUGAAGAAAGUUGGCAAAAAAGGCUAGAUAAGGAAAUUGAGAAAAGGAGAAGAAUAGAAGAAGCGUAUAAAAAUGCUGUGACAGAAUUGAAGAAGUCGUCCCAUUUUGGAGGGCCAGACUAUGAGGAGGGUCCUAAUAGUCUGAUUAAUGAAGAAGAAUUUUUUGAUGCUGUUGAAGCUGCUCUUGAUAGACAAGAUAAAAUGGAAGAACAGUCUCAAAGUGAAAAGGUCAGACUACACUGGCCAGCAUCCUUAUCUUCUGGAGAUGCAUAUUCUGCUGUGGGGACUCAUAGAUUUGUCCAGAAGGUAGAAGAGAUCGUACAAAACCAUAUGACUUAUUCUUUACAAGAUGUAGGAGGAGAUGCCAAUUGGCAGCUAGUGGUAGAAGAAGGAGAAAUGAAGGUAUACAGAAGAGAGGUGGAAGAGAAUGGAAUAGUUUUAGAUCCUUUAAAGGCAACACAUGCGGUUAAAGGUGUAACGGGGCAUGAAGUUUGCCACUACUUCUGGAAUGUUGAUGUUCGUAAUGACUGGGAAACAACAAUUGACAACUUCCAUGUCGUGGAAACUCUAGCUGAUAAUGCAAUCAUCAUUUACCAGACACAUAAGAGGGUGUGGCCUGCCUCUCAGCGGGAUGUGCUGUAUCUGUCUGCCAUCAGAAAGAUCUCAGCGUUCAGUGAAAACGACCCGGAGACGUGGAUUGUGUGCAACUUCUCUGUGGAACACGACAGCGCUCCUCUAAAUAAUCGAUGUGUCCGUGCAAAAAUAAAUAUUGCUAUGAUUUGUCAGACGCUAGUAAGCCCGCCAGAGGGGAACAAGGAAAUAAGCAGGGACAAUAUCCUAUGCAAGAUUACGUAUGUAGCUAAUGUGAACCCAGGAGGAUGGGCGCCAGCAUCAGUGUUACGGGCAGUGGCAAAACGAGAAUAUCCCAAGUUCUUGAAGCGUUUUACAUCAUAUGUGCAAGAGAAAACAGCAGGAAAGCUGAUUUUGUUCUAGUACUAGCAGUGAUCAGAGCAAGACUGGGUGAGCAUUCUGCAUUGGAGAAGUAACCAUGUAUAGAGCACUCCAUGCUGGAACGAAGGAUCUACAGUCUUUUUAUGGCACAAGUUCUAGGCUUUGUAUACCAAAGUAAAGAAAUGUUGCAACACCGUGAGGCUGAAUAUUUACCACACUCUCUCUCCUGCUAACUUUUCUUGCCGAAUCAGUGUGUAAUUAUAAAUACAUGUAUUGAUAACA